GCGAAAUUUGCAAUUGAACUGUCGAUUUUGGUAGUUUUGGGCGAAAAAAAUCCAGUUUUUUUUCUCGUGACACGACUGUCUACGGAAAAGGCUCUCUCUCGCUCUACGUUGCUGUCGUGUGAUACAUGUCUUCUUGUUUUUUUUUUCCUGUUGACUUGCUCCCACAUUCAAAACUCGUCUCGUGUGUGCAUGUGUGCGUGUGUUUAUCUUCGUACGUGUGGCAUCUCCGACGAAGAGUGAGAAGAAACGUCAAAAUUUCACUGGUUUCGUUUUUCUCGGUAUCGGAACUCGGAACGAAGUUUAUCGUCAACAUCAUCAUUAUCAUGAUCCCGCGGCAAUAAGAAGAAAACGAGUGUACAAACUAUACUGACGUGCGUAAAUUUUCCUCUAUUACUUGGGCUGGAGGAGAAUUAUUUUUUUGAAUUGGCAAAACGGUGAAAAAGUGUUGCUUCUUUUGUCUGGUUAUAACGCAGUUUUACAAGUGCCUGCCCUCGAAAACGGAGUGAAGGAGAGAAAAAAACUAACAUCGAAAUUUCAAUGUUUGCUAGCAACAAAGCAGGCGGUGAUGGUUCUGGUGUUAGAAAAUUGCGUUGCUUUCACGAACGUGGCGUUUGCACGGUACAACUGCUUUUGGGCAAAGUCACCCAAAAAUGCUAAAAGCCACAAUUGAGCUCGAGCAGAAGGAUGUAAAUCCAGAUGAUAAUUUGGAGCCUAAGCUGAGAUCACCAGCCGAUUCACUAUCACCGCAAUCGUUCGCCUCAACCGCGACAUUCAAUCGUAAACCUAGCAGCAGCAGCAGCAGCAACAGCAGCUCAUCACCGAAAAGUGAAAAGUUGCCCCUAGGUGCAAUCAACAGCACCAACCAAACGCAACCACAAACGCAGGAACAAGUUCCGUACAUCAAACUCAAACGCUUCUGGAACAAGGAAAACGGAGGCUCUUACGAGGAAGAAGGGAUUAUCGGCCUAGGUCACAAACGGGAAAGGCUAGGCCGUGAGCCAUCCACUAAAAGGUCGCGUUUUCGGGAACUACUUAGUCUGCGUAUUCGAACGUUUCAGGAAGAGGAAUCCAAAAAGCAGCAGCGCAAAAGAAAGUUUUGUUUGAGUCUUGUAAACCCCGAUAAGUUUAAAGAAAACAAGAGACAGAAAAAGAUCGACUCGGAACAACCGAUCGAGUGCAGCCCUCCUGUUUUCAGCGAGGAAGAAAACGAGUCCCCACCAGCACUAAAAUCCAGUUCACGGGAAUCGAAUGAAUUGAGUGUUGGGCUCGGGGAGAUUUUCGCUGAAGAGGAGGUUGUACAAACUGACCAAAUUCAACCCUUACUUUUUUCAUUAUUUGCCGAAAAGACAAACAAGUGCUCUCCCCGUACAUAUCCUGGUUGUUUCAACAGUAGCAGCCGUUUGUCGCUUUCGAAAAGCUUCCACCAGCGGGUGGAGACGGAGAAUCGGGUCCGUUCUGAAGUGUUUCAACGCCCCCAAGCCAAGGCCCAGCAGUGUGCCAAAGUAGAACGCAGCGCUGGUGAGGACGACAUGUCCAUUCACCACCAGCAGCACUACCAUCUGCCGUGUACCGCCAGUGUGAACAGUAACACCGCCAGCUACCCGGAGGUUGCAUCGUCGACCACGUCAAUUCUGCUGCUGGCAGCAGCCGCAGAGGAGUCCGGUAAAAUGUCAAGUCACGCACAUUACACCCGUAGCAAAAUGAACGCUAUGCAGGGGCGCUUUUCAAUAAAUUCUGGUACCGAUAUGGCAGUUGCGACAUCCAUGGGAGAGCUUCCACGAAGUAAGGUAAGCAGUUUUCAGGGUCGGGUCGACACGGGAACAGCAACGGAACUGGCAAUCGCCCAGUCUUUAAGCGAAGAGCAACAGAACAACAUUUUGGCUGCAAGCACAGCAACUGCGGCUCCCUCAGCAGUUGUAGUCAAUCUGAACUCUCCAGCAACGUCAGCCAGUAUUGUAGCUGCGGCCAAUAUGAAUAAUUCAUUGGCUACACUGUGUAACAUAGGCAACUCGUGCUAUCUAAACUCGGUCCUGUACACACUCCGCUUCGCCCCAAACUUUAUCCACAAUUUGCAUCAUCUAAUUGAAGACACGGAUAGCGUGUACCAACGGCUAAGCCAGAACAAACUUAAAUCGUCAUCACUCGGGCGAAACAUCCCAGGCCUCCACGGCGCUAGUGGCCGAAGCUGGAGCAGCAAGGAUCUUGUUUCCCUGGGUAUUUCGUCGUCGGGGGCUACCAGUGGGACUGGUAAUUUCUCAUCUUCCAACAACCAGCAGCAGCAGCAACAGCAGGUGAGUGCUGUCAACGGAACAACCGGCCUACCAUCGGCGACAGCCGUCGCUGCACGAGGCGAGGAAAACCUGCCACCGAAAAGUAACCGUCAGGUGGUAACCGAACAGCUACAUGAGCUGUUUCAAAACCUGCACCGGAACGAGGCUAUCGAAGCGGUGGAACCCUUUCACGCCGGUAACAUUCUGCGGGCGGUACAGGACGUUAGCGCAACAUUCGAGGGCAACCAGCAGCAGGAUGCGCACGAAUUUCUGAUGUGCGUGCUGGAUAGCGUGCGUGAGUCGUGCCAGGCGCUGAUCAAAACCAUCACCGAUCACCCGGACGUGCUGAUUAAUGCUUGUCCACCGGUAUCGGAGUCCAUUGAAACGUUCGUGCCUGAGACGAAGAGCAGCCGCACCGGUUUGUUCUUCCGGCGGCGGAAGGAAUCGGUAAAAACGGUCAAACCCGUCAACGGGGGACUCAGCGGUGGUGGUGCUACCCUUCCGAAGGCGACCAGCAAUAUUAUGACCGGCGGAGGGGACAGUCCAGCAACGGUAGCCGCCGAACAAGUAGCGAACAACCUCAAGAAUGCCCUCUUUGCCAAGCCUUUCGCUGCUCUGGACGCCGAGCUGGUACGGGAACGGGUACAGGCGCUGGGACUGGAUUUCUUCCGGGAUGACUUCGAGGGGGUGACCGUUUCCAAGACCAAAUGUUUGGCCUGCGAGACGUGCACCGAGCAGAAGGAGACGAUGAUCGAUAUCGCGAUACCGAUCGCGGCCAGCGAGGUCAGCGAUGCCGCCAAAAAUCCGCAGCUGUUCUACCAGAACUCGUGCAUAACGCGGGAAUACUUCCGCGGAGACAACAAAUACCGCUGCGAGGUGUGCUGCGGUUACAGGGAAGCAAUCCGGUCGAUCUCAUUCGAAAUACUGCCCCGGCAGUUGAUUCUACAGUUGAAGCGCUUCAACGGCGACAUGGAGAAGAUCAACAGUUACAUCCCGACGCCGUUUAUGCUGCGGUGCUUCUGCAAUACCUGCUUGCAAAAGCCGGACUGUGAUAAGGCCCACAUCUAUCGGUUGUACAGUGUGAUAACGCAUGUGGGGGCCCGCAUGUCGGUGGGCCACUACAUCGCGUACACCAGCUCGCUGGAUGUGCACGCGGAAUUUCUCGGCUGCGGGAAGGACCGACGGCGACAGCUGUUCCUCUCGGGGGGCUCCAUAGACGGAGCUAUGGGGCCUAGCAGUGCGGGUGCCCUGGGCGGAGCUACCACGGGAGGCAAAAGUGGCAACGAAAAAACCACUUCCGGACAUUUGAAGAAACUGUUUAGCAGCAAGAAGGCCUCAAGUGCGGGUGAUAUGAGCAAGAAAAUCAAGAACAAUGUAGUGAGUAAGCUAAAUCUAAUCAAUGGCAUAGAAAGCUUGGGUCUGAACAACGGUACAGCAGCGAGUGGUACGAUUGGCAGCAGUAAUGCGGCCCCAUUUGGUUCCCAACCUGGCAGUAACAGUUCGAGCAGCAAUGGAACUCCAACCAGUGCGUUGCCAAAUCCUAUUCCGUGCGGUGGUUUGAACUGCUGUGGAAUUCAUUUGAAAAAUAGUCAUCUUAAUUUGUACGGACACAAUAGCAGUAAUAGUAGUUCUACAGUCAACGCUAACAGUGGUGGCAGUGAGGGUGGUGGUUUGACGGCCAUCAAUGGGACCUUACUGGACGGUGGAAGCGCCGGCGAUAUCCACACCAACUGUAUCAAUUCCUCCUCGUUGCUAACCACGGUUAGUGGUAGCGGGCUGUCCACCACCACGACGGCGGUAGCGUUCGAGCAGAGUCUAAGUCAGCAGUUGUGGCACAUGUGCGAUGACGACAAGAUCAAGGUGAUGUCGCAGGCGGACUUUGAAGAACUGUUGUCACCGAACCGAAGGCACGUCAUCACACCGUACUUGCUGUUCUACGCACGGUACGAUCUCGUACCGCGAGACCCGGCGGCAGCGACGACGGACGGCAGCGGUGAAACGAACCUCAGUAAGAUUGCUACUAGCGACUGCUGCACCAGCAGUGUCGAUCUCGACUAAUAUCGAACGCGAGAUCGAUCGGUAGGUUGUCUCUAGAGUGCAUCCUUUGUGUCCAGAUUUGUGUUUUUCUUUUUCUUUCGAGUAAAUUUCAUCUAGCAAGAAGCUACUGUAGAGUGUAAUUGUGCUGAAAGCUGUUAGAAAAGCUGGGCAAUGAUCAGAAGUGGUACAUAUAUAUUUAAUACAGUCAACGUUAUUUGUUCCCGUUAAGCUGUGGCAAUUUUAAUUCACAUUCAUUUGUUUGAGAGAGUCCACAAUCUAUGCGAAGUGCAAUUAAACUAAAUUGACAAUAUAAUUAUUUUGUCUGGUUUCGAGUCCAGGUUUUGUUCACGAACAUUUCUUAUGGUUUAUUCAAUAUUAAAUAAAAUCUUCUUUAUUUUUAUUAGUAGAUUUAUGACUCAUAAAUCGUUUUGACAAAAAUCAUUACACUGACAUUGUCCAGAGUCAACUAUAAACACAUGCAUAAUGAAAACAGCAGCAGCAGUUUAGAGCUCAAACUUGUAGAAAAAUAUUAGCAUCUGAAAAAAAUAUUAAUCACUGAGCCAGGCAUGCAGACAUUUGUGCAGGCAUCUAUUUGGGGUCCCGAAUUUUCCAAGAGUAUUGCAUUUAACGACAACAAUUGUAGCUGAUAAUAUUAUAGAUUUGCAACAACAGCUGUGUUGAUAGAUGGAUCUCAAAUCUUGCGCUGGACAAAUUUCUGUACAUCCGGGUCAGUAAAAGAAUCAACCGAAUCUAUUUCAUUCAAGUUUGAAACCGCAUACAGCCUGGUCCUUUAGAGUAGAGCGGAAGUACUUUAUAUUGAUCACAUAAAACACACAGUAUACCAAAAGAGAUUAGAUUCCGCCUAGAAAAACGCCGCCAUUAAUAGGACAGCUCAAGUUAAGAAGAGAGGAGCUUCUCCCGGCGAACAGUACUAAAAAGUGACUCUAGUAUCCCCAUCAUCUGCUGAGAAAUAUUCUAAACUUCUAUGUUAUAUUAUCCAAACCAACAAAAAGAGACAAGACAAAAAAAAUACAAAAUCAAAUAAUCAAUGUGUACAAGCCAAACUCGAACGCAAAGGAACUGCAAUUUCAACCUGAUCCGUUUUUGCAAAAUUAAAAGGAAUAGGCAGACGAAUUUCUAACUUUUGGGUUUUUUUUUGCCAGCAAAAAUCUAAAACAGUAUCGAUGUAAGCUAUAGGGGAAGGAAGCCCGUUUCUAUGCAGAAAAAUACUAACCGCAAAAGAAAUUAUACAACAAACGAAAUUCUGUUUGUUACGAGAAAAAGCAAACAAGAAAAAGGAAAAAAGCAGAAACACGGCGGAAAUCCAAGUAUUUUUUGUUUUAAAACUAUACUCCUUUUGCAUUCGACCAGUAUCUGUGAUCAUCGUUCCCUGCUUGUAUUAUUAACAUUAAUUAUUAUUACUAUUAUUUUUAUUAACUCUAUAUGGAAGAAAGAUGAAAAGUUACAGCAAAAGUAUGCGCAUAUAUAUAAUAUAUUAUCUAUUAUUAACCCUUUCCCGAACAAGGACGAGGACAGAAAAAAAAAGUUUUAUGAGACCGACUGGUGGUAGCUGAGCUGGCUUUUGCGAAUUAAUCCUAACUCUUCCAUCCAUCCAUACAUCAACCAACACCAAACCCCACCCGGAGUGUCCUUCCUCCGGGUCGGUGGUGCCACACACACACAUGUACAUGCCAAGCAACACUCACACACACACAAUCAUUACAAUCCAGCCGACGAAACAUUUAUGGCAAGAGCGCGAGCAAUAUAAGUCGUUCUUCCUGUGAACUAAAUCCAUGAUUAACACACUAUCAUCAUCGCUGUCCGAAACAGCAGGAGCUUACUGUAAAUAGGCUUAUUCUGGCUCGUUUCGUUUCGUUUUUUUUCGUAAAAGAAUUUUAUCAAACUAACUUAAAUGAUAUUACCGUAUGUACGUACAUGAAAGAGGGAUUUCACGGAAAAUUCACUCUGUCAGUUGUCAGUGAACUUUUUUUGAGUUUGGUGACUUAGAUAAUGUGAGCAACUUUGCAUACUUGAAAUUAAAAAAGUACUUCUAACAACAAUUAAAAUUGUAUUUGUACAAAAAAAGUACUGAAAAUUGAACAUUUCCAAAUUAAUUAAUUAUUAAUUUAAAAAAAAUCGAAGAGAAAUUAAGAUUUCAAGCACGCAAACUUGCUUAAAUUAUCGAUGUCACCGAACUCACGAAGUAUCACUGAAAUCUGGGAGCGGAUGUAACUCCACAGUUCCGUGAAACCCCUCUGCAGCAUGGCAUGUUUGAAAUUUACGUGAGGUGCGAUACGCACUUUUUUGUUUCUCUCACACAAACACGAAAGCGCAUUUCGAGUGAGUGAAAAAGGAAAACGAGGCAUCCGGAGAAGAGGUUGGUGAAUGUACACAUAAAUAUAUUCCGGAGGAACGUAUAAAAAAACUGAUGAUGAUAAUGCACUGAGUGAAAUUAUACGAACACGGGGCACGUGUUUUAAAACCCAGUUUUUCGUGGAACUAAUCAAUCCUAGUGUUAAAAUCGGUCGAGCAAAUAUUACUUACAGUAGGAAGGAACGGAAACGUAGAAGGGGUACGACAAGACGAAGUAAGCAGGAACAGGAAAAUUAAUCAAGUCAGUGCUAGGAAUCAGAGGACAACUGUACAGAUGCGCGAAGCUGUUGUAAAUAGGAAAAAAAACGGUUUUGAAGGUAUUUAUCGAGCAAGGCACUGAUCGGUUGCAGAAUAAGAUUGUAACAAAAUAUAUUUUAGUAACUAACAGGCAAAAACAAAUUUUAGUUGUUGAACAAUGGAUGAAACAAUAGCAGUCAUGUAGCGCAAAUCCCAGUUAUAAAUGAAGAGAAGACUCUGUUUAGCAGCUAAAAAGAUGUUCGUUCGUUAGGUGCGAGUUGAUGGCUGUGUCCCGACUAACAUGCAUGUUGUGGUAGCAUGUAUGUUCCCUUAAAAGUGGACACAGCUUGUCGCACAUACAAAUACACACUCACUUACAUACACACACCAAGGUCGAAGCAUAGUAUGUUGCAAGCAAAGCGAGCAAUUGAGAUUCUAGUAGUGGUUACAAGGCAAGCAAAAGAAUGAUGAUAGAGCGAGAAAAUUUCUGCCGAAUCAGUCAACAGCAAUUCGUUUGUGGAGACGCAGAGAGAAUGAUGUAAACGAUAAUAGUAUCAUAUUUAAUGAAUUUAAUAAAAACUGGAAACAGUUGUCAAAUAACAGAAGAAGCAAAAUAUCCCAUCUA